GAAGUGUCAUGGCAGCCCCCAUUAGAUGCCGGUGUUACGCGAUGAAACGAUUUCUGUACAGAGCUGGAGGCGCUGUCUGUGCCCGUUGGGCGGGGGUACAUCGCUCUGGGCUGCUUUGUUACCGGAUCCCACUCACACCGAGCAGAAGGGAAGCGAGCGGAGCCGUGACAGUGGAUUUGGGAGCCAGGAAGCUGGAAAUUUCUUCUGGGAAGCUGGCACGGUUUGCAGAUGGCUGUGCCGUUGUCAAGUUAGGUGAUUCUUCUGUGAUGGUAACUGCUGUCAGCAGAACUAAGCCUUCUCCGUCACAGUUCAUGCCAUUGGUGGUUGAUUAUCGUGAAAAAUCUGCUGCUGCUGGAAGAAUACCUACAAAUCAUCUCAGAAGAGAAGUAGGCAUCACCCCUGAUGAAAUUCUUACCAGUAGAAUAAUAGAUCGUUCUGUACGACCUCUAUUUCCUGCUGGCUAUUUUUAUGAAACACAAAUCCUGUGCAAUUUAUUAGCAGUGGAUGGGGUGAAUAAACCAGAUGUUUUGGCAAUAAAUGGAGCUUCAGCUGCACUUGCACUUUCAGACAUACCAUGGAAUGGGCCUGUUGGUGCAGUGAGAGUUGGUCUGGUUGAUGGAGAAUUCAUUAUUAACCCUACCAGAAAAGAAAUGUCUUCCAGUCUAUUAAACUUGGUCAUAGCUGGUGGAGUGCAAAGCCAGAUAGUCAUGAUGGAAGCAGCUGCAGAAAAUGUUCUACAGCAGGACUUUUGCCAUGCAGUCAAACUGGGUGUGAAACACUCACAGCAGAUCAUACAAGGCAUCCAGCAGCUGGCUAAGGAACAUGGGAAGGAAAAGAGAACCAUACAGAAGAUUUUUCAGGCUCCAGUGGAUAUUGUGGAGUCUGCAAGGCAGUAUGCUUCUGAAAAGAUAUACGCUGUGUUUUCUGAUUUUACACAUGACAAAAUUUCUAGAGAUGAAGCUAUAAACAAGAUUAGACUUGAGACAGAGGAAACCCUAAGAGAGAGGUUUCCCGAUGCAGAGCCGUUUGAAAUAAUGGAGGCGUUUAGUGCUGUUUCUAAGGAAGUUUUUAGAAACAUAAUUUUGAAUGAAUACAGAAGGUGUGAUGGGAGAGAUUUGACUUCUCUAAGAAAUAUAAACUGUGAAGUUGACCUCUUUAAACCCCUUCAUGGAUCUGCCUUAUUUCAACGGGGCCAAACACAGGUUCUGUGCACAGUUACAUAUGACUCAAUAGAAUCAAGCAUGAAAUCUGAUCACAUCACUACAGCACUGAGUGGUGUGAAAGAUAAAAAUUUUAUGCUACACUAUGAGUUUCCACCAUAUGCGACUAAUGAAAUUGGUAAAGUGACGGGGAUUAACAGACGUGAACUGGGUCAUGGCGCCCUUGCAGAGAAAGCAUUAAGACCAGUUAUCCCCAAAGAUUUUCCUUUCACAAUAAGAGUGACCUCUGAAGUAUUGGAGUCUAAUGGCUCAUCAUCUAUGGCUUCAGCUUGCGGUGGAAGUUUGGCAUUAAUGGAUGCAGGGGUGCCUAUUUCUGCUGCUGUUGCUGGAGUCGCAAUAGGUCUAAUAACAAAAUACAGCCCUGACAAAAAUGGAGAGAUUCAAGAUUAUCGCUUACUUACAGAUAUCCUGGGAAUAGAAGAUUAUAACGGAGAUAUGGAUUUUAAAAUGGCGGGUACGAGCAAAGGUAUAACUGCUUUACAGGCUGAUAUUAAAAUCCCAGGAUUGCCGCUCAAAAUUGUAAUGGAGGCUAUUCAACAGGCAACAGUGGCAAAGAAAGAAAUUAUACAAAUUAUGAAUAAAGUUAUUUCAAAACCAAGACCAAGCAAGAAAGAAAACAGCCCAGUAACAGAAACAGUUCAGGUGCCUUUGUCUAAAAGAAUGCGAUUUGUUGGCCCGGGCGGAUAUAAUUUAAAGAAGAUACAAGCUGAAACAGGUGUCACUGUAAGCCAAAUAGAUGAGGAAACUUUUUCUGUUUUUGCUCCUACACCCAGUGCAAUGCAUGAAGCAAGAGAGUUCAUUAACGAAAUCUGCAAAGAUGAUCAAGAACAACAGUUAGAGUUUGGAGCGGUAUAUACAGCCACAAUUACUGAAAUCAGGGAUAUUGGCGUGAUGGUGAAGCUUUAUCCUAAUAUGACACCUGUGUUACUUCAUAAUUCACAGCUUGAUCAUCGAAAGAUAAGACACCCAAGUGCCUUGGGUCUUGAAAUUGGGCAACAAAUUCAGGUGAAGUACUUUGGCCGUGAUCCAACAGAUGGGAGAAUGAGGCUCUCCAGAAAAGUUCUUCAGUCUCCUGCAGCAACUGUAAUUAAAAGCCUGAAUGACAGGAACAGUAUUACCAUGGGAACAGGGGACCCUCAUACAUCCGCUUCCUCUUAGAAUCCUGCAAAUAAUAAGCUCUGGCUUCUCCUCACCAGAAAAGAACAUGUAUGUUUGUACAUUCUGUAGAUAUCUGUUUUAAUAAUUUUGAUUAAAUUGUAUU